AUGGCGAGACAGAACGGCCAGACCUUCCGCCGCAUGGGCAAGAAUGGCAACACUUCGUACGGAUCACGGAAGAUGAAGACAGCAGAUCUUGCCACACUACGAGGUUCAGAACAAACGUCACAGAAUGAAAAGCUCGAGGCCACACGGCUGGCUCACAAGAUCGACGAGUCCAUGGGCUUUGAACGCUUCGAGGCCGGCAAGAAAAGAGAGGGCUGGCUUAUAAACAUGCACAGCACCAGCAUUGAGGACAGCAAGAAUCAAGGAGGUCGCGCGGGCGUCGAUUUCUACUUUCUCCAGGACGAUGGAAACACUUUCAAAGCUACUGUUCAGUAUGACCCUUACUUUCUCAUUGCGGUCAAGAGAGGCAAGGAACCCGAAGUCGAAGAGUGGUGCAAAAGGUCCUUUGAGGGUCUAGUGAAGACUGUGCAAAGGAUAGACAAGGAGGAUCUGUCAAUGCCAAACCAUUUACUCGGACACCGACGAAACUUCCUCAAACUCACAUUCGCCAAUGUUGACCACCUACUACAAGUCAGAAGGGGCGUCUCGCCCAUCGCCGAAAAGAACAAGAGCAAGAUGAAUGCCAUGGACACAUACGCCGAGGUUGCAACUGCAAAUGCCGGAAUGGACAUGUUCGACGACGACUUCGAGCAGGCCAACAAGGCCAGCAUUUUCGACGCCAGCGACUUUAUUGUCGACAUCAGAGAAUACGACGUGCCCUACCACGUACGAGUAGCUAUCGACAAGGACAUCCGAAUAGGAAAAUGGUACACUGUCGAGGCGAAACAUGGUCACAUCACCUUGACCUGCAUCGAAGAGAGGCUACAACGUGCGGAUCCCGUCAUUCUGGCUUUCGAUAUCGAGACUUGCAAAGCUCCCCUCAAAUUUCCUGAUGCUGCUGUUGAUCAAAUUAUGAUGAUUUCGUACAUGAUCGAUGGUCAAGGUUUCCUCAUCACAAACCGAGAAAUCGUCUCUGAGGACAUUGCCGAUUUCGAGUAUACCCCCAAGCCAGAAUAUGAAGGACCCUUCUUGAUCUUCAACGAACCGGACGAGAGAGCCUUGCUGGAACGAUUUUUCGACUGCAUCAAGGAAGCACGCCCGACCAUCAUUGUGACAUACAACGGUGACUUUUUCGAUUGGCCAUACGUCGAAGCCAGAGCUAGUAUCCAAGGCAUUGACAUGUACCAAGAAAUCGGCUUCCGCAAGAACAGUGAAGACAUCUACCAGUCAAAUUACUGUGCGCAUAUGGAUGCCUUCGCCUGGGUCAACCGUGACAGUUACUUGCCUCAAGGAAGUAGAGGUCUCAAAGCUGUCACUGUGGCCAAACUCGGCUACGAUCCUGACGAGCUGGAUCCGGAACUCAUGACACCAUACGCCCAGGAACGACCACAGACUCUGGCUGAAUACUCCGUCUCAGACGCCGUUGCGACUUACUACCUCUACAUGAAAUACGUUCAUCCUUUCAUUUUCUCGCUAUGUACGAUCAUUCCGCUCGGACCUGAUGAUGUGUUGCGAAAAGGUACUGGUACGCUUUGUGAGAUGUUGCUCAUGGUCCAGGCCUAUCAGAAGGAGAUUGUCUUACCGAACAAGCAUCAAGCACCGCGAGAAUCUUUCUGGGAAGGCCAUCUUCUCGAGUCGGAAACUUAUGUCGGUGGUCACGUCGAGAGUAUCGAAGCUGGUGUCUUCCGUGCGGAUAUUCCCUGCAACUUUGCUGUUGACCCGGCUGCAAUCGACGAACUGAUCAAGGAGCUUGACAAUGCGCUAAAAUUCAGUAUUACAGUGGAAGAGAAGAAGUCACUAGAUGACAUCGAGAAUUAUGAGGAAGUCAAAGCCCAGAUUCUGGAAAGACUCAAUCAGCUCAAGGAAACGCCCAAUCGCAAGGAAAAGCCUCUGAUUUACCAUUUGGAUGUCGCGUCCAUGUACCCCAACAUCAUGACAACAAACCGUCUGCAACCAGAUUCCAUGAUUCAAGAGGCAGACUGCGCUGCUUGCGACUUCAACAGACCUGGAAAGACUUGCGAUCGAAGGUUACCAUGGUCGUGGAGAGGUGAAUACUUGCCUGCCAAACGUGACGAGUACAACAUGAUUCGUCACGCUUUGGAAAGUGAGAAGUUCCCAGGCAAAAAGGCAAACAGCUUGGCUCGAAGCUUCCAAGACUUGUCUCUGGACGAGCAAUCUGUGCUAGUCAAAAAGCGACUACAAGAUUACAGCAAGAAGAUUUACCACAAGAUCCACGAAGCCAAAACUAUCGAGAAGGAAGCCAUCAUCUGUCAACGAGAGAACCCCUUCUACGUCGACACUGUCAAGGACUUCCGUGACAGAAGAUACGACUUCAAGGGCAAGCAGAAGGUCUGGAAGGGCAAGACUGAAGACUUGAAGAAAGCUGGUGCUUCACAAGCCGAGAUUGAUGACGCCAAGAAGAUGAUCAUUUUGUUCGACUCUCUUCAACUUGCUCACAAAGUCAUUCUGAACAGUUUCUACGGUUAUGUCAUGAGAAAAGGUUCUCGUUGGUAUUCCAUGGAGAUGGCCGGUGUCACCUGUUUGACUGGCGCUCGCAUCAUUCAAAUGGCACGUCAAUUGGUCGAACGCAUUGGAAGACCUCUUGAACUCGACACCGACGGUAUCUGGUGUAUCCUUCCAGCGACCUUCCCUGAGAACUUUGCGUUCAAGCUGAAGAACGGCAAGAAGAUUGCCAUGUCAUAUCCUUGUGUCAUGUUGAAUCAUCGCGUCCACGAUGGUUUCACCAACCACCAGUACCAGGAGCUGGUUGAUCCUCAGACUUUCCGCUACGAGACACACAGUGACAACACUAUCUUCUUCGAAGUCGAUGGUCCAUACAGGGCCAUGAUCUUGCCUACCUCCAAGGAAGAAGACAAGAACUUGAAGAAGCGUUAUGCUGUGUUCAACCACGAUGGCAGUCUUGCCGAACUGAAAGGAUUCGAAGUCAAACGUCGUGGUGAGCUCAAGCUGAUCAAGAUCUUCCAAACACAAAUCUUCAAGUUCUUCCUGGAGGGCACUACGCUAGAAGAGACAUACGGAGCAGUAGCCAAGAUCGCCAACAGAUGGCUGGAUGUUCUGGACUCCCACGGUACGACUCUGGCCGAUGAGGAACUUAUCGAUCUCAUUUGCGAGAACAAGAGCAUGACCAAGACACUUGAGGAGUAUGGCGCACAGAAGUCGACUGCCAUCACCACUGCAAGGCGUCUUGCUGAGUUCUUGGGCGAGCAGAUGGUCAAAGAUAAAGGCUUGAACUGCAAGUACAUUAUCUCGUCAAAGCCCAGAAACUCUCCAGUUACCGAACGUGCCAUCCCGGUCGCCAUAUUCUCAGCUGAAGAAUCAGUCAAGAAGCAUUACCUUAGGAAGUGGAUGAAGGACGAUCCGGGUGACAUGGAUCCUCGUACUGUCAUUGACUGGGCCUACUACCUUGAGCGUUUGGGUUCAGUUAUCCAAAAACUGAUCACAAUCCCUGCUGCUCUGCAAAAGAUUCGCAAUCCUGUUCCUCGUGUCGCUCAUCCUGACUGGCUCGAGCGCAGAAUCAGAAUUAAGGAUGAUGUGUUCAAGCAAAAGAAAAUGACAGAUCUGUUCCAGAAGAAGCCCCUGGAUGCUGCUGACAUCAAUGCUGUCAAUGGAAGAAUCGUCGGAGACCUUGAGGACUUUGGUGCAUCGUCAUUGACUGUGCCGAAGAGAGCCAUGGUGUCGAAAGUCGCCUCUUCUCAGAAGAGAAAGGCUGUGGAAGUCGAAUCUGCUGCACCUGUCAACCCUUACGACAGCCUGCCACCAAAUAUGCCUUCAAUCACCGAAGAUUACGAGGGCUGGCUUCAAUACCAGAAGAAGAAGUGGAAGAUUCAGAAGCAGGCUCGUAAAAGAAGACGUCAACUCUUCGGUGAGAGGAGAGUUGACAACACUGAUGCCAUUGGCAACAUGUUCCGCAACCAGAGUGAGUUGAUGUACAAUUCAACAUGGCAGAUUUUGCAGCUCUGCGAGGGCGAGAGCCCAGGCGAAGUCAAGGCUUUCGUCUUGAUCGACCAAAAGAUACAUCAACUCAAGGUUGUGGUGCCGCGUCAAGUCUUCCUUAAUCUCAAGGGAGAUGAUCUGCCUGACGUUUCUGUUGAUGGCGUGCAAGCUGAGAAAGUGGUCAACUACACUCUGCCGAAUGGUCAUCCUUCAGUGCAUCUUUUCAAACUCAGCAUGCCUGAACAGGUCUACAUCAAGGACGCCGACAAGCUUGCAGCACUCUUCAACCACUCGAGUGUUGAAGGUGUAUACGAGACGCAAGUACCACUGGACAUCAGAGCGGUUCUGGAACUCGGCAGUACUUGUACCUUUGACGAGAAGCAGGCAGGUGUUCUGGGUAGAGGUAUGACUCAUGGAUUCGACCUGUCAGCACUUCACUACGUGCCUCCCAAGCAGCCUUACCUGUCCUCUGCUUCCAUGAGCUAUCUCUAUCUCUACCACGUUAUUGCCGGAGAGCGCCAGAUUUUCGCCUUGUUCUGUUCGUCCAAGAAAGAGGCUCAAAUCGUUGUUCUCAACAGAUCUCGUGCUGAUCAAGGCAUGCCCAAUGUUGAUCGCAUCUAUCAAGAUAUGUUCUCGAAGAAGCUUGAAGAGAGCAACGGCGAGCAAUGGCAAGACGUCUUUGAGUACCAAGAAAGCAUUCACUUCAAGACCGUCAACGUCACCACCAAGAAGAGAGCACUUCAAGAAGUUGGCGAUGCCAUCAAGAAGAUCCAAAAGGAAGAGACUAAUCCUCUGAUGGUCGUCAUCCAAUCUCAACAACCUCGUCUGCUCAGACACGAUCUGCCAAUUUUACAAGAUUUACCCAUGCUGCCUUUGAAGUCUGACGAAGAUGACAAGAGACUACCUCCUCUGGGAUGGCAGUCCUUCGUCGCAAAGAGACUGGUUGGCCACUACCUCGACCUCGGAUCAUGGAUAACACACUUGAUCGAGCUCAGUCGUUACGGCAAUGUUCCCCUUUGCAAUCUCGAAAAAGACGAUCCUCGUUUCCUGAUUGAUAUCUCGUACGCAAGAAGAUUGCAGAAAGAAAAGGUCGUGCUGUGGUGGUCGGCCAAUCCACGUCCAGACCAUGCUGGCUACGAGAAAGAUGAUAUCCUCGCUGCUAUGGAGACUGUGGAUAUGCCUUCUGUCAACAAUCCUGGAACCUACUCUUCGGUGUGCAUUGAUCUUAGUGUUAAGAAUCUUGCCAUCAACACUAUCUUGUGUUCUGCAGUAUUGAACGAUGCUGAAGGCAGCGACUCGAUGGGUCUGUCGGUGCCGCCACCGAAUGAAGAAGGUAUUGAAGAUAUCUCCCACGUCGUAUCUGGCGAAAACACCUUUGCACAAGCUGGCAUUAUGGCUCUGAGGGAGAUGGUCAGAGCUUGGUGGGAGGAAGCGUGUCAUGGUGGUGGCAUGGCAGAUGUCAUGGUCCAACACCUGGUCCGCUGGAUUGAGAAUCCAGGCUCCUUCUUGUACGACAAAUCAUUACACUACUACGUGCAAAUGAUGUCGAGAAAAGCUCUGCAACAACUCAUGUCCGAGUUCAGACGUGUGGGCUCGCAUGUCGUGUACGCAAGUGCGAACAGAUUGCUUUUGCAGACUACAAAGGCGGAAGUCGGCAAUGCCUAUGCCUACAGUCAGUAUAUUCUCAAGACUGUCAACGCCAAGCCAUCCUUCAACUUCUUGGAUCUUAGCAUUACCGAGUAUUGGGACUACCUGAUCUGGUAUGAUGAGUUCAACUAUGGCGGAAAGGGAUGUGCAGAGGUUGUCGAGGCUGAAAAUCAAACACUCAAUACUAUCAUGGAGUGGCAGAUUGGCACAUUCUUGCCUAAAAUCUUGCAACCCAUGUUCAAUGAUUGGGUUGUCGAGUAUAUCGAUCUCAUGCAUGGCCGCAAGAGACCUGAAGGCAUGGGAGCCAAUGGAGCACCACGACCGACACAACUUCCCAUCCACGCAUCUAUCUUUGCUUCUGAGAAAGACGACCAGACCACACCUGGCGAUGUUUUAGCAAAAACCUUCUCCAAGCCUUUGGCUAAACAGAUCAAAGCUCUGAUCAAACGCCAACGCACAGAAGCCAUGCACGAGGAAUUGGCUUCAGAUUGGGCCUUCCCCUCUCUCCCUGGCUCAUCCCAAAAAUUCUCCAAUCCAGUUUUGCAAUUGGUAAAGAGUGUCAUGCAGGUCCUCUCCCUCGACAAAACCAUCACCCUCGAAGCCCGCCUCUUACGCAAAGAAUUACUGCACCUCUUUGAAAUCCGCGAAUUUAGUGCUGAAGGCGCAUUCACCAAUCCCUCCAACAGUCUUGCCAUCAAGCAAUUAAGCUGUCCUGAAUGCUGUUUACCCCGCGAUAUCGAUCUUUGUCGUGACAGCGAUAUCAUUCCCUCUGAUGAAACCGCUGCUGCCAACCGUAUCCUCACCAUCCGUUGCCAUAACUGCGAAGCCCUGUUUGACCGUCUAACCAUUGAAGAGCGCUUGCUUUCUGAAGUGCAGAAAUUGGUGUUGCAGUGGACGACGCAGGAUAUCAAGUGUGGGAGGUGUGGACGGAUUCGCACGAACGAGUUUAUGGAUCAUUGUAGUUGUGCUGGGGAGUGGGUUGUUACGUGUAAGAGGGAGGAGGUUGUGAAGCAGUUGAAGGUGUUUGGAAGUGUGGGAAGUUUCUAUGGUAUGAGGAUGUUGGAGGAUGUUGUUGGGGGUGUGGUUGCUGGUGUGUAA